AUGGCGAAGCGAGGGGAUGAACAUGUUGAGCAUGUCGAACAGCACGAUGAACCGUUGAAGUCCACGACAGAAUAUGAUCGGUUUGGAUCGGCGAAGAAGACAGAUCCGAAGGAAAUUGCGCUGGUCAGGAAGAUUGAUAUCUACAUGAUGCCCAUUCUCUGGCUCAUGUAUUUUCUCAACUUCCUCGACCGAAAUGCCAUGGUCAAUGGAAAGCUCAACAGUCUCUCGGAGGACCUCAACUUGAAAGGAACGCAGUACAACACCUGCGUCAGCAUUCUUUUUGUUGGAUAUCUACUCGGUCAAGUCCCGUCGAACAUGCUGCUUAACCGCGUCAAGCCAUCCCUCUACAUGGCCGGCUUCAUGACCGCCUGGGCCAUCGUCUCCAUCCUGAACUGCAUCGUGAAAGACUACCACGGCCUUCUCGUCUGCCGACUCGUCCUCGGCAUUGUCGAAUCCCCCUUCUACCCAGGCGCCCUCUUCAUGAUCAGCCAAUUCUACAACCGCAAAGAAGCCACCACGCGCAUGGCCAUCCUCUACACCGGAAACAUGCUCGCCAGCGCCUUCUCGGGCCUCAUCGCCGCGGGCGUCUUCGCCGGACUCGACGGCUCCCGCGGCCUCGCCGGCUGGCGCUGGCUCUUCCUCAUCCAAGGCGUCGUAACCCUCGCCGUCGCUCUCGCCGCCUUCUUCCUCCUCCCCAACUCGCCCCUCCAAACGCCCUGGCUAAACGAAGAAGAGCGACGACUCGCCCACGACCGCAUCGCACGCGACACCACCCAGAAACAAGAAGGCACCAGCACAUGGGUCGGCCUGCGACAAGCCUGCACGGACUACCGCACGUGGAUCUUCGCUCUCAUGUGCAACCUGCAUCUCUCGGCCAACGGGUUCAAGAACUUCAUGCCCACGGUCGUCAAAACUCUCGGCUUCAACUCCACCGUUACCCUCGUCCUCACCUGCCCGCCCUACCUCAUCGCUACCUUUACCUCCAUCGCAGUCUCCUGGUCCUCGGGCCGCUUCAACGAACGAACCUGGCACGUCACUGUCUCCAAAGCGCUCGCAAUCGUCGGAUUCGCCGUCGCAUGCGGCACACUGAACGUCGGCGCGCGGUACUUCGCCAUGGUCCUCUUCGUGGGGGCUACAUACGGCGUCAACAAUAUCAACAUCGCCUGGGUCGCCGCGACCGUGGGACAAACGGACGAGAAGAAAGCCGUGGCGAUCGCGCUGACCAACACGCUGGGGAACCUGGCCAGUGUGUACACGCCGUAUCUAUGGCCGGACUCGGACGCGCCGCGAUUCUCGCUGGCCAUGUACUGCAGCAUCGGGUUCUCGGCGGGUGUGGUGGUCUGCGCGUGGAUCAUGAAGUUUAUUCUGAUCCGGGAGAAUCGGCGCAUUCGGGCCAUGGAUUCCGAGGCGAUUAACUUUUAUGCCUAUUGA